CUCCUUUCUUAAACUCUCGCGAGAACACUGCCCUCAUUACACGCCUUAAACUUUUGCCUUACACGUUUGCCCUGUCCCAAUUGGUCUGUAGACCAUCUCAACUCGGCGUGGGACCAACAUCCCAUCCCUGCUUCAAGACACAGUAAGGCUGUGUCUUAUGAACGCUCCGGGAUCACAGAACAUCACACCCACGAAGACCCCUUUUACCCACAUCCACCAUGUCAGGCCGCUCCAGCGGCUCGGGCUCGAGCUCGCGGGCCUCCGGCGAUUACAAGGAGCUCCGCCUCCCCAACAGCCGGUCCGUCAAGGCCCUGAUAUACUUCUGUGGCCGCGACCCCCGGAAAGCUAAGAGCGUUCGCCGCUACUACGACGAAGAUUUCGAUACCCGGAGUACCGGCUCCGGCGGUUCCGGCAGCUCCAUGUUCUCGUGGUCCAGCGCAGCAAGCCAGGUUUACCUGGUCGAGACUACCGCUCCCUACUGGUACAUGGAAGAACCAGCUUCGGUCUCGUAUUCGGCUCCUCCCAGGAAACAUAAGUCCUCGAAGAAAGGCAGAACCUCUCGCACUUCCCAGCGUACCGCCCCCCCUGCCGGCACGUGGGCGAGGCAUGCCAGGGUUGAUGACGAAGACGAUGACGACUACGACGACAGCAGUAGUGACGGCAGUGCCGACGACUACGGCGGCCAAAACCCCGGUCCGUUCCCACAUCCGGGCAUGCAUCCCGGUAUGCAUCCCGGGAUGGCGCCCGGCAUGCCGCCCCCGCCGGGACCUCCGCCGGGUGCUUUCCAGCCCGGGUAUGGGUACCCGCAACAUGCCACUCCGCACCCUAUGCCUCCGGCCGGCUACCCCAUGCCCCCUCCACCCCAACCCGCACCGGGCGGCAUGCCACCACCACCACCCCCUGGAGGCCAUUUCGUACCCGGACGAGGGGGCGUCCAGGUGUUUGUGGAAUAGCUAAGCAUUGGUUUCGGAGUUUGGGCACUUCGGGCGAUAUUCGCCAUACGGUUCAUUCAAGGCGUUUCUUUGGCGUUUUCCCACAUUACGUUUCA